UAGCAACUGCCAGCGUUUACCACGUGACCGUGUCUUGCAGCUCGUAGUGCCCCCUCCCUGGCGCGACUUGAGCUCGGUCAGAGCUGUGAUUGGUCAGCGGCCAGGUUGUCUGCUCUCCGAUUGGUGGAGCGGAGCAGGGAGGUCCAGUUCUCUCGGAGCGUUCUUCCGGUUUACAUGUUGGGGUAAAAAAGAAAAGACGAAUGGAAAAAGCUGUAAUCCACAAAACGAGCAUUGCCCAGUAACUCAGUGAUACGGUCCGAAAUAGUUAAAAUGAGCUCCCAGCAAUUCCCCCGACACGGUCUGCCUCCUUCCACCGGGGGAGCACCUCAGAUCGCUGCUGCUGGAAACCUUAUGUCUGUCAGUCAGCCUUCAAAUGCUUCAGGUGGUACAGAUGCAGACAGCAGCCGGGAUGCUGAGCACGGGCAGCAGGAUCAUCCCCCAGCUGGAGGAGGGGGGACCUUGGCGUUCAGAGAUGACAAGCAGGAGACGAUGGUGGUCAGACCGUACCCCCAAGUGCAGGCGCACAGUCAGCCACAAGCUGUUCCCCAGGCUGUGCCCAUCCAGGCUGGCACUCCUGUGACUGUGUCUGCCCCCCCUGUCCACCUCCAGCAGGGUCAGCCUGCCGUCCUCACUGAGGGACAGAUGAAGGCUGUCCUGAAGUCACCCAUGCCGAGUCGUCUUAUCGCCCCAGCACCAGCUUCCAACCAAGCUCACAUCCCCAUUCCCCCCAAGGUGCCUGGUCACAUUACUGUCACCAUAGAGAGCAGUAUUGCUCCCACCCAAUCUAUUCCUGUGGCAACCAUAAGUGGUCAGCAGGGCCACUCCAGCAACUUACACCACCUGAUGCCAGCAAACAUUCAGAUCAUUAGGAGCGGUGCCCCUGCACUGCAGAUCGGGACCCCUGCCGUCCCUCCCCAGACCUUCACAUCCCAUUUACCCCGAGGGGCUGCUGCAGCUGCUGUAAUGUCCAGCUCCAAAACGGUCCUACGACCAGCCACUGGAGCAAGUGCAGGCCCUGGCCAGCCCACAGUGCAGCACAUUAUCCAUCAGACCAUUCAGUCCCGUCCUGCUGUAACAAGCUCUACAGCUGUGCUUCCAACUGUGGUGGCCCCCAUCUCAGCUACUAGAACCCAGUCUCCAUCUAUUAAUCCAAGUGUUACACACUCUGCAGAGGUAGCACAUGGGCGACCAGGGCUGACUAUUCACCCCCCUCCAGCCACCGUCAAUAUUCAGAGGCCUCAGACGUCCCGGGACACUGCCACAAGGAUCACACUGCCGUCACAUCCGGCAAUUGGGGCUCAAAAGCCUCAGCCGCCACACACUAUGACACAGAAGCCCAUGUUCAGUACUGUGACGCCGGUGGCUGCAGCAACUGUGGCCCCGAUUGUUGCCACGACUGUGCCAUCAACAACUACAAUAGGCUCGGUGCCACACACACAAAUGACCAGUAACACUAUUGUAACCAUGACGAUGGCCUCGCACUCCUCUCAUGCUACAGCUGUGACCACCUCUGCCAUACCUGUUGCUAAAGUGGUCCCUCAGCCCAUCGCCCACUCGUCAUCCCGCGUGCAGCCUGACUACCCAGGAGAGAGAACCAACCUCAUCCCCAUCCCAGGGCACCGGUCGUCUCCCAACCCAGUCACCAUGGAAGCGAGAAGUGAGAACAGGCCUUCGGUGCCAGUACAGUUCCAGUAUUUCCUGCCGGCUUACUCCUCAUCAUACCCCCUGACACACACCUACACCCCAAUCAGCAGCUCUGUAUCUACCAUCCGCCAGUAUCCUGUCACCCCUCAAGCUCCGAGCUCAGCACUGCCCUCUCAGCCUGGAGUAGGUGUGGCCACAACUGUUCAUCUGAACCACAUGCAGCUGAUGGCGGUCGAUCGGAUUGGUCUGCCCUCUGCACAAAUCAGCACCCAAGGGAUCCAGCCAGCACCAAUCACUGCGCAGGGUAUCCAGCCUGCAGCAAUAGGAGUGCAGGGCCUGCACACGCCUGGGUCGAUCACCACACAGGGAAUACAGCAGACGCCUAUAGUCACUCAGCAGCAGCAGCAACAACCACAGUCUGAAGCUAAACCUGACGGCUUUGUAGCCAGUCCAAUCAGCAGCACAUUCGGCGCCACCCAGCCUGUAGCCACCAUGGUCCAGGCACAUGCCCAGGGAGGAGUAGGAGGAGCUCCCACCCUGGUCUCCUCCCCCAGACCCAGCAUCCUUCGUAAGAAGCCUGCUAAUGAAGGUUGUGUUCGUAAGAACCUGAUCCCCGCCCAGCCUAGUGAACCCAGCAGUGGCAGAAUCGAGAGUGGCGUGAGAGGAGCCGGAUCUCCCCGACCUUCAGGCGUGAAACCCAAAGCUGAGCUGCACAUGGCAGUGGCUCCGCCUGUCAUGGCUACAGUAGAAGCACUACCUUCUCAGUUAGGAGAGCAGCAUAUGGUGUCCUCUAGUACGCAGCACCUCGCCCAAGCCAUCCCCAACAUGCUUGCCACACCAGGACCUGUACCUCCCUCCCAGCCCUCCACCCUCCUCUCAGCCCUGCCAGCAGCCAUGGCUGUCACUCCCCCUGUCCCCGCUUCAAUGGCCAACACCGUGGCCUCCCCCACCCAGCCCGCAGCCAGUAGCACUGCAGCUUGUGCUGCCAGCUCCACCUGCUCAGAUGUGAAAAUCAAACAGGAGGUAGAGAACAUGGACACACAGCCAGAUCCUAACUCAGUGCAAGCACUCACCACCCAGGCCUCCUCCCUAACCACUCCAGGAGAUCUGAUCCCCGGGGCGUCCCCGAGGAAGAAGCCCCGCAAGCAGCAGCAUGUUAUUUCCACAGAGGAGAGCGAGAUGGUGGAAACCAACAGCACGGAUGAAGAAAAGACCCCUGGCAGGCCCAUCACUGGCAGGGCGGAGAGGUGUGAAUCUCCACCCAGGGAAUAUGUUGAUGAAGAAGGUGUGCGUUAUGUGCCAGUCAAGCCUCGGCCUCCUGUCACCCUUUUGCGGCACUACCGCAACCCCUGGAAAGCUGCCUACCACCACUUCCAGAGGUACAGCGACAUCCGGGUCAAAGAAGAGAAGAAGGGCACCUUGCAGGAUAUGGCCAAUCAGAGAGGAGUGGCAUGCAGAGCACAAGGCUGGAAAAUUCAUCUGUGUGCUGCACAGCUCAGGCAGUUGUCGAGUUUGGAGCAUGACGUGUACAGUCGGCUCUCCACCCUUCAAGAGGGUCUGAUUCCAAAGAAGAGAGCCGGCUCUGACGACGACCUUCACCGAAUCAACGAACUUAUACAGGGUAACAUGCAGCGCUGUAAGCUGGUGAUGGACCAGGUGACCGAGGCCAGAGACACCAUGAUGAAAGUGCUCGACCAUAAAGAGAAAGUGCUGAAGCUGCUCAACAAGAACGGCGCCGUCAAGAAGUCCUCCAAACUGAAGCGCAAAGAGCGAGCGUAAAAGACCUUCUGUUCUGCCGACGACCGCCACUGUCCCCUCUCUGAAAGGGGGGGUGAAGGAACUGCUCAGAAUUUGGUGCUAUGAUUUGCCGCAUACAAUCUCACGCACCCUCCCUAUCUGCCUGAGAGUGGACGGAGAGAAGUGACAGAAGGACUUUAAAAAAGAGACAGCACACACAUUGAGCGUGGAGCGGUGUAGGUUGCGUCAGAGUGGCCACCGGGAUGGCCCCAUCAUUGUUUCCCUCCUUUUUGUUUAUUUCUAAAGACCCCAAGAUCAUUUUUACUAACUUAGUUUCUGCCUCUUCUUCCAAGACGACGUCUGAAGCGGGCACGUUGUUUAUUUUUAAUGUUGAGCGCCGAAGGCAGGUGGAGUGAAUCCCUAAGUGACAAAAGCAUUUCAGUUCAGACGAACCACCCAAGAGUUCUAAAUGGGAUUAAUCAGUCAUUUUUAGCAAACUGUGUAUACAGACUAAUCUCAAUUGUGCUCUUUUCAUCAAUCUGUGCCUUCAUUUUGUCAGUGGAUGUGAAAUUGACAGAAACAUGUGAACGUGGUUUCGCAUGCCGUCGAAACAUUCUUAAAAGAUGAUUCAAAGAAAAGGGUGAGGCCAUUUUCACUGCUAACUUUUUUUUCUCUGUGCAGAUUUGUUCCUCUAGCAUGGGUAAACGUUUACCUAGUUUAGUUGUAAUCUAAAAGUAAAUUCAGACUGUCAUGGGUUGAGAUGGAAAAAACUACUAGAAGAACCUAAAUGUGGCAAAUUGAAUUGAAUUUAACGUACAAAAAGAAGUGCUCACCUGGUGUGACAGGAUAAAUAGUGUCCUUACAGUAAGUAAAAACAUACUUCAUUCGGAAUACGCCAAGCUAACCAAACAGUUAAACCACCAUCCCCCACUUAAUCAGAAGUAGACUGGUGUCGUGGUGGUAAUAAGAUAGUUUCAUUUGGUUUCAGAAGAUCCGGUGCUUGAACGAGAGUGAGUUUCAUUGUGCGUUCAGAGCGAUGGAUUGAAUUCAUGUAUAUCACUGUAAAUGUGCUGUUGGUUUUUUUCCAUUGACCUGGUUCUUUUCAAGUUUUGUACUCGAUGAAACACGUUUGUGCUGUGUGACGUGCGCUGCUUCAUUUUGCUGAGUGUAACGAUAAUGACGUUAUGAGAUGAAGUGAGCCUGGAACAUUCAGCUGUUGUACAUUGUUUUUGUCUGUGUAAUUAUAGUAAAGAUACUUAAACAAUA